UAGUAAUGUAAUAUUUGGAUCCGUAGGGCUGUAGAAUUGGCCCGUUUCAAACAAACUGGGUUAGGGUCGGUUCCAAUUUUAAAUUUUCAAUGCCUUGUUUCGACCCGUGCCUACCUCCAAGAGUAAUCGCCCAAUGAAAAACUGUUAGGGAUACAUCAAAAGAUGUAUUCUAAGUGUACACAUGAGUUCCUCUACUACAUAAUGGGGCGAUUCCCAUGACAUUGCCAAACAUUCCCAUGGGAUGAUCUGGGGGCCGUACGGUGUUCCGUUAAAAAAUUGAUAGUUCUACCCUCCUAAUUCUUCCAACCCGACCCGAGCCCACUUUUCCACCAUCUUCAAUUUCACUCUCUAAAUUUUGUUGACGUUAGAAUCAAAUUUUGACCCCAAAGUCAACUAAGUUUGGGAGGUGCAAUUGAAGAAGGGGAGGGGGUUGGUUCAGGUCGGGUCAGGUGAGAGAGAGAGAGUUACCAAGAAGUUAGGGGUAUGGACUAUAAUUUUCAUUCGCACUCCUCUUUACUCUUCCUUUCUGUGCGCCAAAAGUCCUAAAACACUGUCGUAGUCCUAACACCUAAGGUAUCUCUUCGUGAAGGAAUCUCCAGUAUCGAUUGUCAACUCUCAAAAGUUUAAAUAAUUCACGAGUAUAUAACAGAUUAACAGCAACGCGAGGGAGUAAACGAUGUGAAAAUUUAAAAUGAUGUGUUUUCUUCUAAUUUUUUUUGGAUCACAGUAAUAGCAGUGCCCAAUGAGGCAAUGUGCUUUGAAAUUUUGUUGUGUUAACUGCUAGUCACACAGGCUGUAAUCAGGGUAUGGUAUUCAUGGGAGAACCAGAAGUAAUUAAACACUAGUUCGGUUUAAUUAACAAAAGAGUACUGAAAUCGCGAUUAAGUUUUAGAAUUCUUAACAAAAGUUUAUACUCCCUAUGUCCUAAAAUUUACUUUCCAUGUUUUUUUUGAGUGCAUUUACUUUCCAUGUUGACUUGUCACGGUUAUUAAGGAAAUGAAACUGCAUGGUUUAUUUAGAUUUUAGAAAUGAGGUAACAAAUUUGUUUCUCCAGUUUCCACUAAUUUAUUAUAACAAGUUACCAUCCCCAUGUUAAAAUUUGCAGGUUCAGAGUAGCUGUGUAUAGCCAUUGAUGUCUUCAGGGGCGAAAGAAUUGCCUUCCAACAACCCGGGCCUUCAGGCUACCCCUGAAGAUGCCACCAAAGGUUACUUCUUGCAGCAAACUAUGUUCAGGAUUAAGGACCCAAAAGUCAGCCUUGAGUUCUACUCCAAAGUGUUGGGCAUGUCAUUGUUGAAGAGAUUGGAUUUUCCAGACAUGAAAUUUAGCUUGUAUUUCAUGGGAUAUGAGGACACAUCAUCAGCGCCCAGUGAUCCAGCUGAUCGUGUUUCUUGGACGUUUGGUCAGAAAGCUACUCUAGAGCUUACACAUAAUUGGGGUACUGAGAGUGAUCCAAAUUUCAAGGGUUACCAUAAUGGAAAUUCAGAGCCUCGUGGAUUUGGACACAUAGGAAUCACUGUUGAUGACGCAUACAAGGCUUGCGAGAGAUUUGAGAAACUGGGUGUGGAAUUUGUAAAGAAACCAACUGAUGGAAAAAUGAAGGGGAUAGCAUUCAUUAAGGAUCCGGAUGGCUAUUGGAUAGAGGUCUUUGAUACAUGUUCUAUCAGGGACGUUACUUCUGACGCUGCUUGACUUUACCUCUUCCCGCGUAUCAGUCAGGAGAUCAAUAAUCGACACCAAGGCUUGCUUGGUUAUGUUUUCUUGAAUGGAAUGUGUUUGGAUUUGAAAUAAUAGAAAAAAUGAAAAUAUUCUGCUGUUAUCUGUUGUAGUAUUGUCUCUGCUUCUUCCAAAUUCUUGACCCUAAGCAUUUGAAAUUCAGUUCUACACAUAGAACACUGAGGAAAUGGAUAUUUUUUUGGGAAAUAUUUAUGCAAAUACGCUCAGAAAUUUGAUGCCUUAGAAGAAAAUGUUUUAGGGCCC